UGUGAAGCGUUGAGAGAAUCAAAGCAGCCAGAAGAUCCGGAUCCACACUGAGAAAUAUCCGCUUGAGCUCGGAGUUUACACCGAAUACGCGUGUGAAUAAUGCGUGAAGCCGAUAUCAUCUCCGGAGACUCCAGAUCCACCGAAAGAGAUGGAGGAGGCGUGUCAUCCAGACCCGGUUCUGAAGACAUUCUGGAGACUGGGCUGCUAUUGGAGGACUCCGGACUGCUGUAUGGUGGCCUGGAGAGACACACAGAAGAGUGGAGUAUUGAUCCGCCCUGUAGUUUGAAUGACAGCGAAUCAGAGGAGGUCCUGAACGGCAUCAACCCCAACGAGGUGUUCACAACAGCAGCUGCGCAGGAGCCGCAGUCAGAGAGCGACAGCUGUCUGUCUGAAGAUAUUCUGAUGCAUGAACAGAUGCCCGCCGUCUAUCAGGUGGUGUAUGACAUCAGCGGUCUGGGGGGCGUUACCUCACAGCAGGAGCCACAGCGUGUGGACGUGAUCUCCAUAGAACUGGAUGAGUGGAGCUCUCAGAUGUUGCUGUCGGAGUCGUGUGUGGUGAACGAGCUCGUGUCAUCUGUGAAAAUGGAGAACACGUCAUCUGAUGACGCGCAACAAAUGCACAACCAGGACAACUUUCUGGUUUUUCCUGAACUUCAGCUGACAGACGAGGAACAGAAGCUGCUGGAUCAGGAGGGAAUUUCACUGCCCAAUAAUCUGCCAUUGACCAAGUCUGAGGAGAGAAUCCUGAAGAAAGUAAGACGGAAGAUCCGUAACAAACUGUCGGCUCAGGACAGUCGCAGGAGGAAGAAAGAAUACAUCGACGGUCUGGAGAGCAGGUGAGAUGUUUGUGAAGUUACAGUAACACAACAGAUUUACUUCAUAAACACACACAGUUCAUCUUAUAUCUGCAAUUUCAUGCACAUGGAAAUGAGCCGGUCGCAUUUAUAAUGAAUCUGCUUUUUCAUUUUUAAUAAGUCGAUAUUCUGUGACAUUAAUGGAUUUAUUGUUGGUUUGAUGCUGAUCCAAACCAGCUCUGGACGAUCUAGAAAUAUUUAACACACACACACACAUUUCAAAUGUGUUAAUUACUGAUGAAGAUCACGUCGCUGUGAGAUAUAUACCAAAUAUUCAAUCUGUGUGUGU